AUGGGCCAGCUCACCGUUUUCGGGUAUCUUCGCGAGCAAUGGACAGAACUUCCGAUCCCCACUGCAGAUGUCAGCGACCAAUCGCUCAUCGUAGUCGGUGCCAAUGUCGGGCUCGGACACGAGGCUGCUGUGCAUUUAGCACAGCUCAAACCUAAGAGCCUGUUGAUUACUAGCAGAGACGAAGUCAAAUGCGAAAAAUCAAAAGCAGACGUGGAGAGCCGGUCUGGCAUGACUGGUAUCGAAUCCUGGCCUCUUGAGCUAUGUUCAUUCGAUUCAGUGCGUUCUUUUGCGGACACUUUUGAAGCGAAGGGCUGCACAGCCAAUGUUCUUAUUGCUAAUGCUGGCAUAUCGACGCUCAAGUACACAAGAACCCCGGAUGGCUACGAAGCUACAUUUCAAGUGAAUUACCUGUCGACCGCUCUAUUGAGCUUAUUGAUGCUGCCUCACCUCAUCAAGGCAGGGACUCCUGAACGUGCCUCAAGACUGGUUAUUGUAUCUAGCGAGUUUCAUUAUCUGGCCAACAGACUAAAAGGGGCAGACACAUGGCCUAGCAUCAUCGAAACAAUCAACGAUGAAGCAUAUUGUACCUCUAGCGUAAUGUUAAACCGCUACUCCUUAUCCAAGCUCCUCGAAGUGAUGUUCAUCCGUGAGCUGUCUUCUCGACUUCCCACACCAACCUUAGUUGCAGCUUCGACGGUCAAUCCCGGUUCUUGCCACUCUUGUCUUACGCGAGAAGUCGAAUCAAAUCCACUCUUCAAGUUUGCCGUGAGAACCUACAAAGGGUUGGUGGCACGCGCAACUGAGAUGGGCAGUCGAACACUUGUCCAUGCGGCAAUCGAGCCAAACGAGAGGGAACGGCAUGGCCGCUACCUGUCUAGCUGCGAAGUUGCCGAAGAGAGUGAUUAUACUCUCAGCGCAGAAGGAAGGGAGGUUUCGAAGCGUUUGUGGCAUGAGACCCUUGAGAUCCUUGGAGACAUCGACCCUAGAGUCAAUACAAUUGUGUCUGAGUACCUCGUUGAAAAAGCAUGA